GCUCGCGCACAUUCAAAGUAGAGCCAGCCAACCAACAUCAGACAACCUUACCUUUCUUCUGCUGUCUGCUUUUCUUUCAUUCAACAUGGUCGUGAUGAGUGGUGCGUGGUUUGUGCUGCUAGUAAGUGAUUCGUAUUUUAAGUCAACAUGGACUCCUCAACAAUGUUGAUUCGUAUUUUUAUGUAGCAGUAAGAACAAUGGAAAGCAAACAGAAGAGGCUUUAUAAGGUUGUUCUGACCGGAGGUCCUUGCGGUGGAAAAACAACUGGCCAAUCAAGGCUGUGCACGUUCUUUGAGAACUUAGGAUGGAAAGUGUUUCGAGUGCCGGAGACUGCCACAGUGCUACUCAGUGGUGGAAUAAAAUUCUCAGACCUGUCAGAGGAAGAAGAAGCACAAGAGUGUCAGUGUCGUAAGCGCUGUGUUGGCAUCUGUAACCACCGACAAGGUUACAAGUUUCAAGAGAACCUCCUCAAGACAAUGUUACAGAUAGAGAACACAUUCUUUGAGCUGGGAGAGAGCUGCAACAGAGAUUGUCUCAUAAUAUGUGACCGAGGGGCCAUGGACGCAUCUGCAUUCAUUUCUCGAGACAAGUGGGAGCGUAUGAUGUCAGCCAAUGGUUGGAACUCUGUAGAGCUGAGAGACAACCGGUACAACCAGAUUGUACAUCUAGUGUCCGCUGCCAACGGAGCAGAGGACUUCUACAGCACUGAGGACCACGCGUGUCGCAGUGAAGGAGUGGUCCUGGCUCGGGAGCUGGAUUACAAUGCUGCGGCUGCUUGGGUCGGUCAUCCGUACUUCGAUGUCAUUGACAACUCUACAGACUUUGAGACCAAGAUCUGCAGGAUGAUCGCAAGCGUUUGCCAGAAGUUAGGCAUUGACACUGGAGACCGCCUCACGACCAACUCUCGCAAACGCAAGUUCCUUGUCCGAGGUCCGCUGUCAGACGACUCGAUAUUCCCACCGUUCCAAGACUUUGACGUAGUCCACAAUUACCUUCAGACGUCAACCCCCAACAUGCAGGCGCGACUCCGGAAACGUGGUCAGAAAGACAGUACUGGGUUGGCAGGCCACUGGUCCUACAUCCACACCAUACGCAAGCCCAAGCUGCGAGGCCAAGUAGUUGAGGUCAAGACGCAGCUCACACACCGAGACUACAUCAACAUGUUGGCGCAGAGGGACGACUCCCACUUCACCAUCUUCAAGCGACGCCGCUGUUUUCUUGAUAACAACCAGUAUUUCCAAUUAGACAUCUACAGAGAACCUUGCCAUCCUAGGUGUAAGGGUCUGAUCCUGCUAGAAACAUACUCUGCACUAGACAACGGAGCGUUGGAGAAGUGUCUGCCCAAGUUCCUGUCUCUUGUAGAGGAGGUGACUGGCAACCCAGCAUACUCUAUGUUUAACCUCUCCCUCCGCGAGGACUGGGACACCACCACCAAGUUCUGCAGAGCUUUCCAAGGUAUCCACAGGGACGUGUGUAAGAACUGGCGUUAGAAGUGAACAACUGUUGACCAGGUGAUGAAAAGGAGAAAAUCAAGAUAAACAACAAUGAGAGCAGUGCUCCUUUAGCAAGUCAUGUAAAUGGAAAAUCGUCAGAGUCAACAGUCAAUGGAGGACUCUAACCUGGUACUUAGAGCUGUGACUGAACCUUAUCUACUUAAUAAACACACCAAAUUAUGUUUCAACUAAAA